AUGAUAAGAUUUCAGUAUGAGCGGCUUAGGAGAAUCUCUAGCAACUGUUAUAGAAUGACUCACCACAGGAAUCAAUGUCCGUUUCUUCAGCAGCCUCCGAGUAAUAGGAUUAAUCAUGCGAUUUUAGAAAGACUUGAUCAGAAUAUAGUUGUUGAGAAUGAUGAAUUAAACAGAGAUAAUAUCAAUUCUCAGUCUCAUAUAUCGGAUAGAUCAUUUCCAGCACCAAUCUCUCAACCUCCAAGAGUGGAUACUCCUCCUCCUAACCCAGAGAAAUUAGCUGCUGUGAGUCCUUACUUUCAAGAUUUCAAAGCUGAAAAUGUUCAACAUUUUGCAGUACCAAUUCCACAACAUGCAUCAAGGCUGAGAAUGGAAUCCUCAAAUGGUUUUAAUGUAACUCCAUCUGAUGAUCAUGAAAGCACUUCAAAAGCUUUAAAGAAUUCUGGAUUUGGUGAAUCAUCAAAAUAUGAAAUCGGUGAGUCAUCCAAGCAUCCAAGAUCUGAAAUAGUUAAAGAUGGAGAAAGAAAGCUAAAACAAAAGCUUCAAGUUUAUGAAGGUGGAGGAUUUCAGCUACCUCCAAAGAAACGAUAA